AAGCAGAGAAAGAGAGUUAAGAAAUGGAGGCAGUUGCAGCAGCCAAACCAGUGAUCAAAGUUGCAGCUCUUUGUGGGUCUGUUCGCAAAGGCUCCUUCAACCGUAGCCUCAUUCAUUCCGCAAUUGAGAUUUCAAAGGAGUCAAUUAAAGGCAUGGAAAUAGUAUACAUAGACAUAUCGCCAUUGCCGAUGCUGAACACUGAUCUUGAAGUUGACGGAACGUUUCCACCAGUAGUUGAGGUUUUCAGAAAGAAAAUUCUGGAAGCUGAUAGCAUCCUUUUUGCUUCACCUGAAUACAAUUACUCCAUCACAGCACCAUUGAAGAAUGCAAUUGACUGGGCAUCAAGACCACCGAACUGCUGGGCUGACAAGGCUGCAGCCAUCCUAAGCGCCAGCGGUGGCUUCGGAGGGGCACGAUCACAUUAUCAUUUACGGCAGAUAGGGGUUUUUGUAGAUCUUCACUUCAUAAACAAGCCUGAGUUCUUCUUGAACGUGUUCCAGUCUCCUUCAAAGUUCGAUAGCAAUGGCAAGUUGGUUGAUGCAGAGGUGAAGGAAAAACUGAAGGGCGUUCUUCUAGCUUUGCAUGCAUUUUCAUUGAGACUCCAAACCAAGCAUUUGAAAUAAAUACUUAUCUCUGCAAAAUAAAAGGCAAUUGAUAUGGAGCUUGUCAGUUGUAUGUUGAUGAUUUGAAUUUAGACUACUUGGGGGGACUAAGCCAAGGAAUUUCUUGUGCACCAACUUCAAAAUGACCAAAUUAAUAAAUAGCACUAAACUAUUUGUGGCUUUUAGGAAAUUGAAGAAGAGGAAUAAUAAGAAAGACUUGAGGAGAAAAAAAAAAUAUGUACGAACCUGUUGAAGUAAAGGAACGUCCUUAAUUUAAUUUUGUAGCAGCCAUCUUUUUGAAUUCACAGGCCAUCAAUGGAAAUAUUUGGGAUGAGCAAAUUUUGGCCAUUCAACAUCCAUGUUGUUUUCGCAUCUUUCUAACAGUUGCGGACAAUCCCUGAUAUCUAAGUACUCUAAUUGCAUCCCUUCUGGAAGAGUAAUUAAACAAGGACAAUCAUUAAUCUGGAGAUGCU